AUGGAUAUGCAGUUUGUCUACGACGUUUUAGGGGAAAAUGCUUGGUCAUACAUCGGUGCUACCUUCGUGGUGUUGUGGAUUCUCGUGUGGCUCUACAGAGACAGCCUGGAGAUUGAGGACAUCGCUGACAAGUAUGUCUUCGUGACGGGCUGCGACUCUGGGUUCGGAAACCUGCUGUGUAAGAAGCUCGAUCGCAAAGGUUUCCACGUGCUUGCCGGCUGUCUCACAGAAAAGGGAGCUGAUGACCUGAAGAGGGUGGCGGGGCCUUAUUUGAAGACUGUCCUGCUGGAUGUGUCCAAUCAGGACAGCGUCCAGAAAGCCAUGGAGUGGACCAAGAAGGAGGUCGGCGAUAAGGGACUCUGGGGUAUUGUGAACAACGCUGGACGCUCGUUGCCCAUGGGACCUUCAGAGUGGAUGAAAGUGGAGGAUUUCCACAGCAUUCUGAAAGUCAACAUGAAUGGAGUGAUUUCCAUGACGAUGACCUUCUUGCCCCUCAUCAAAAAGGCCCGCGGCCGUAUUGUAAACGUAGCGUCUGUGCUGGGCAGGGUGGCGGCAAACGGUGGUGGAUACUGCAUCUCUAAGUUUGCAGUGGAGUCUUUCUCUGACUGCCUCAGGAGGGAUAUUAACUACUUUGGAAUCAAUGUGUGCAUCAUUGAGCCGGGGUUUUUCAAGACCGCAGUGACGAGCCUGGAGCCCCUCGAGAGGGAGCUGCAUCGCCUGUGGAACCAGCUCAGCCCCGAAGUCCAGGCCAGCUAUGGAGACAAGUACCUGGAUAAAUACAUCAAGGUCCAGCGUUUGAUCAUGAACGCCAUCUGCGACACUGAUCUCUCCAAGGUGACCAGCUGCAUGGAGCACGCUCUGAUCGCCGCCUACCCACGCACCAGAUACAGCCCAGGCUGGGAUGCUAAGCUUAUCUGGAUCCCCCUCUCUUACAUGCCUUCCUGUGUAGUUGACAUUGGGCUGAAACUGGUGCUGCCUCGCCCCUCAAAGAGCGUGUAA